CAAGCAAAACCGCGCAUCCUCAAGAAAGGGUGCAGUUGAUCACCGACAUGGCAGCUAAUCUCGCAGCCGAGCUAACGCAGCACCUAAAUGCCCGCCAUCUCUACCCUACCGCAGCCUGGCUGCAGGGCUUCCUCUCCACCACCCGACCCAACACGCCGUUGCCCGCCGUCAAGCAGACAGCCCACUUCCGCUUGCUGGCUACUGAUAUCACCACGUCGCUCAGCCAGCCUGCAGGAUCCGUAUUUCCCGACGAUGUGCUAAAGGGUACUACAAAAUCCCGCAUCGUCCCUGGCCCAGUCGUCUGCCAGGUGCUCGACGUCGAAGAUAUAGGCCACUCGCGCUGGUCGCAGGUUGAAUCUAUCGAAGCGCAGGAGCGCGGCGAGAUGACAAAAGGAAGGGAGAUUGUGCGCGUUGUGGAGCAAGAGAAUGAGGGCACUGCCGAAGCUGCGGCUCCUGUGCUGAGCAAAGGGCCGUUCAAGCUGCUACUGCAAGAUGCAAAAGGCCUCAAGAUCUAUGCCAUGGAGCUGAGGGGCAUAGACGGGCUCAAUACCAAUAUGACCAUGGGCGUCAAACUUGUCCUGAAGAAUUUUGACGUGAGGAGAGGCGUCAUCAUGCUUGAGCCCAGCAGUGUCCAGGUGCUGGGCGGGAAACUGGAGGCACUCGACAAGGCCUGGAAAGAGGGAAGAAAGGAAAGACUCAUGGCAGCUGCCAGGGUAACAGGGUAGACUGAGCAUAAUGGUUGUAUGUGCAGAAGCAUAAUAGCACUGGGAGUAAAAUAAAAGUCGAUAGAUUGACGUUUCUUACCUCUUCUUACAUAGAGGCCUGCCACAUAGCAAAUAGCGAACGACCGAGUGGUAGAAUAGUUUGUUACACUUCACGCUUGACUGACAACAGCACUGAUUGCUAUGGAUUUGCUCAACAUUAAUAUUA